AUGAACGUGCCAGUCCGCCCCAACAUUGACUACCUACAACAUAAAGAGGGUUCAAAAAACCUUACCCAUAUGCAAGCUAUUGAAUUACAUAUAAAUGGUAAACAGUUUUACAAUGAUCAUCUAGUUGUAGGCAUCCAGGCAGUGACAUUUGUUAGACCCUCCUUCCUUCCACCGCUAGAUCCUCCACGUCGCCUAUUCGAACGCGUCGAAAGUCAGGCUCUGUUUCCUAUGUGGUCAAGCUCAAUACAAAGCUGCGGCAAGGCGAUCGCAACUGGUGCAGAUAUUGAGUCUCCAAACACAUCUACUCCUCCUCCUUCUCCUCCUCCUCCUCCCCCUCCUCCUCCUCCUGUUGCUGCUGCUACUGCUGCUGUUCUCUCUGGGUGGGUGUACAUUCGUUAA